UAUCUCUCCAGUGCCAUCACCCUGCUCAGCAGUUCUGUUGCUUCAGUAUUUCCUUGGUUCUGUUUGAUCUUGCACAGUUCACAGUUCGAGGCUCUCCCUCUGUUCCACCAUGAUGUCUCAGCUCAGUCCACGUAAGGAGUGCAUGUCAUGCUAGAAUUGUCUGAAUCCCAUUCUCUCCUCUGGGACCUCUCUUCUCAAGGAGGCGUUAUUCUCUGUGGCCUCAAAGUGAACGUGAAAGUGAACAAAGUAACUAGAGAGCACUAAAGUAACCAUUUACCAUAGACCUGUGAAAUAUCUUUCUGAACAUGCCUUGUGAUUAUGCUAAUAUUCUCUAUAAAAUAAUUCCCCGAAUAGCAUAAAAUAUGCUAAGCACUGUACACAUCUCGCGCAUCAUAUGGACACGAACAACACCACGAUCUUCCCGAGAGAACUUGUCAGUCAGUAAGAAUGGAUUGGUUCCACUGCAACAGGUGCUUUCACAGGGAGGGGAAGAAGUUUGCGGUCUCCACCUGUGGUCAUAUUUGCUGUGACAACUGCAUCAACCCAAAGCAAUGCAGUGUUUGUGGAACUAGCUGUAACUACCUCCCAAUAUCGAAUCAGAUGAAACCUCAAGAACAAGUUUAUUUUCGAGAUCCGGUGAAGCUCAUUCAGUCACGCAUGGAACACAUUUCACAGAUUGCCCAGUUCCAGCUCAAACAGAUGGACAGGGUUAUGACUUAUAACAAGAAAAGAUCUUUGGAGCUGGAGAGAAGGCUGAAGGAAGUCACUGAAGAGUGUUACAGGCUAAAGAAGGAGAAUACUGAACUUAAGAAGCCUCUUUCACAGUGGAGGAUGUUUUCAACCCCAAAGGUGUCACCAGGAAAGUUUCAAUCUAACGGGACCCCUCAAAGAAUGUCCUUACCCAUCGCUGUUACGCCUCCAGUUACUGCUUAUCAACAAAGUGGAAGCCGACAAGGAGCUGAAGAUACCCUGGAGAGAUUUAGGGAAAGGCAUUCAAGAUACUCUAUGAAUACUCCACCAGGCUCUGUCUCCUCAGUGUCCAGCCUUGGCUCUCUUCAUGAUCGAGGACAGAGGACGCCAAACUCCAUCUCUAUGCACACGCCUACCAGGUCAGACCUCGUGACCCCAAUUUUCCGGUUCCAGUUUCAGCCCGGGUCAGCCCACCCCUCUCCUAGACCAUAGAUGAAAUGGUCAGACCCUUGGUAAACACAAAACUGUGACUCGUGAUAUGAACU